AAAAAAAUCAAUUCUGACAAUUGUACUAUCCCAGAUAUGGUUCAGGGCGUUAGUUCAGCUGAAAUUUGAGGCUAAAUAAAAUUGUCCCUGAAGGCGAUCCGUAGCUUAGUGACAACACGGCAGUAGCACUUUGGUCUGGGCUGCUAGCUUCGCUGAUAAGUAGCACUGGAGCGUGUAGACGCAAAUUGUCAAGCUGUGUAACACAGUUUACGCUUUGAAACUUUAACCUCUAUAGUGGAAGAUGAGGCUGAAGGAAAUUCAGAGGACUGCCCACCAGGCAUGGAGUCCUGCCGGACACCAUCCGAUCUACCUGGCCUUAGGAACAUCAGCACAACAGCUUGAUGCUUCUUUCAACACCACAGCUGCCAUAGAGAUAUUUGAGAUGGAUUUUGCUGACCCAUCUCUGGAGAUGCAGCUCAAGGGUUCAUUACCCACCACAAACAGGUUGCACAGCAUUGUAUGGGUAAAUUUUGGGACCACAGAAGAUGGGACUGGAGGGAGACUUGUUGGUGGAAGCGAAAAUGGCUCAUUGACUGUAUAUAACCCAGAGGCUAUCAUAAGUUCUGGAGCAGAAGCAGUUGUUGGGCAGUCUGACAAACACACAGGACCAGUCCGUGCACUUGAUUUUAACCCGUUCCAGAGUAAUCUUCUUGCCUCUGGAGCGAAUGACUCUGAGAUCUACAUCUGGGAUCUAAAUAACUUCAGCAGCCCAAUGACUCCAGGAGCAAAAACACAGCCCGUUGAAGACGUCAGUGUUGUGUCGUGGAACAGGCAGGUUCAGCACAUCCUGGCUUCUGCUAACCCCAGUGGGAAAGCGGUUGUGUGGGACUUGAGGAAGAAUGAGCCCAUCAUAAAGAUCAGUGAUCACAGCAACAGGAUGCAUUGUUCGGGAAUGCUGUGGCACCCUGAUGUGGCCACCCAGCUGGUGUUGGCCUCAGAAGAUGACCGACAGCCAGUCAUCCAGAUGUGGGACCUUCGCUUUGCGACGUCGCCCUUUAAAGUGCUGGAGAAUCAUAAGCGAGGAAUUUUGUCCAUUUCAUGGAGCCAGGCUGAUUCGGAGCUCCUCCUGAGUAGCGCUAAAGACAACAGGAUCCUCUGCUGGAAUCCAAACACUGGAGAGGUAAUUUAUGAGCUUCCAACAACAAACCAGUGGUGCUUUGAUGUCCAGUGGUGCCCCAGAAAUCCGGCCCUUCUUUCAGCAGCGUCAUUUGAUGGGAGAAUCACAGUUUACUCUGUGAUGGGAGGGAGCUUGAAGGCUCAGCAACAAAGCACAGCUGACAUGAUAUCCUCUUCAUUUGAUACAAUGGAUCCCUUUGGUACCGGACAAGUGCUGCCUCCUCUACAAGUUCCUCAGCCCAAUGUGCAGGAAACCAUCGUUCCUCCUCUGAAGAAGCCUCCUAAAUGGGUGCGCAGGCCAGUGGGAGCUUCCUUUGGGUUUGGUGGAAAAUUGAUAACCUUUGAGAAUUCAAAGCUUCCUCCGGUGCAAAGCCCCCAGCCUGUCCCCAGACAAGUGUUUGUGAGCCAGGUUACCACAGAGACAGAGUUCCUUCAGCGCUCCAGGGAACUUCAGGCGGCGCUGCAGUCGGGUUCCUUCAACAACUACUGCCAGGCCAAGAUUCAGAACGCCAAGUCGGAUGCAGAACAAGACAUAUGGAAAUUCCUGCUGGUCAACUUUGAGGACGAGGCCCGUAUUAAAUUCCUUAAACUUUUGGGUUUCAGCAAAGAUGAAUUGGAGAGAAAGAUUUCAAAAUGUCUGGGGAAGAAUUUUCAAUCCAACGGCCACGGAGUUGAUGCCAAAGAUCUUGCAGAGAAGAUGCAGCGUCUCACAACUGAGAGAUCAGAUGAAGCUGCAGCUGAUGCUAGAACCUCAGGGUCCAUUUCACCAGCAGACUUCUUCAGUCAUACUCCAAAGGACAACUCCACCUUCCAAAUUCCUGUAUCAUGUGACACUGACGGUUUGAUAAGCCAGGCGCUGCUGGUUGGCAACUUUGAGGGAGCCGUGGAUUUGUGUCUCAACGAUGGUCGCUAUGCUGAGGCCAUUUUGCUAUCCAUCAGCGGUGGAGAGGAUCUUCUCAAGAAGACACAGCAGAAAUACCUAAGCAAGCAAAAAAACAGCAUAUCAAUGCUUAUAUCAUCAGUGGUGACCCAGAACUGGAGAGACAUCGUGCAGAACUGUGAGCUGGACAACUGGAAGGAAGCUCUUGCUGCUCUGCUGACUUACGCUCACCCCGAAGACUUUGCUUGUUUUUGCGAUACCUUGGGAAACCGGCUUGAACACGAGGGCACAGAGAAGCGCUGCCUGCAGGCCUGUUUAUGUUACAUCUGCUCUGGGAACAUUGAAAAGCUGGUGGAGUGUUGGGCCUUGCACAGAGACUGCUCUUCCCCUCUUGGACUAGAGGAUCUGGUUGAAAAAGUAAUGAUGCUGCGGAAGUCAAUUGAGCGCCUCCGCAACAGUGAGGUGGCAGUGCAGAGCCCUGUGCUGGCUGAGAAGCUGACCUGCUACGCUGGCAUCCUGGCUGCAGAGGGCAGCUUAGCCACUGCCAUGACCUACCUGCCUGACAACUCAGACCAACCUGGCAUCAGGAUGCUGAGAGACCGGCUGUACCAUGCUCAGGGAGAGGCUACUGCCCAACAGCAACCUCCAAACUCCUUCAACAGGGUCGGUGUACCAACAGCUAAUCCCACUCCUGCAACUCAGCCUCCUGCACAAAAAGCACCAAUCAUGAGUCAGUUCCAGCCAUCUGCUCCACCACAGGUUCCUUCACAGCAGCAGCCUCCAAUGCCAUCAAUGUUUACUCCUCAAGUUCCUCUACCCAACCCUGGCCCAGGUCUCCCAUCAUCUACUCAUGCACAUCCGCCCAGUUCCACCCGCCCAGUUGUAAGGCCUUCCUACCCACAACAUCCUGCUACAGCUCCAGCUUUCUCUUCUCAUCAGCCAUUCCAGCCUCAGCCCGUUUCCAGUGGCGGUCCCUUCUCUCCCACUGGCCCGCCAAUGCCAGCUGCAAGCCUAACUGGGCCUCCACUGCCACCUUCAUCCUCCAUCCCUGGAGGCCUGCCCCCCACUCCAAGCCCUGGGGUGCCUCCUAUAGGAUUUGUACCGUCUACCUCUUUACCCUCAGGCAUGACGCCGCCCAGCUCGCAACCAGGAGCACCAGGUCCAAUUUUCCCUGGCAGCUUCCACAGCCAUGGCUCAGGACCCCCCAUGGCAUCUAGUUCCUUCCCUCCUAUCGGAGCUGGAUAUCCCCAGGGAGGCCCUGGAGCUCCUGCAGCAAAGCCUUUCCCAGCCCCUGUCGUUGCUCCUCCUCCUACAGGACCACAUGAUGGCUGGAAUGAUCCACCAGCAGUUCGCACUGGACCCCGGAAGAAGAAGAUCCCUGAUAACUACACUCCACCAGCCCCCAUCACUGCUCCUGUGAUGGGGUUCCCAGUGGAGGCCCAACAGCCACACAACCACACCCAAGUCCCUCCAGGAGCCCCUCAGGAGCCAAACGUACAGGUUUGUUUCCAACGAAGGAAUGGCAUCAGCUUUUAUGUUUGUUUUUUGUUGUUGUUGUGUUUUUUUUUCCAUUUGUGCGUGUUUGUUGCGCAGCUCCUCCAGCAGUUGCCCGCAGAGAGAGUGGAGCAGAAAGAAAUCCCAGCGGAGCACAUGGUCCUCAAAAGCACCUUUGACAGUUUGGUGCAGCGCUGCCAGCUCGCUGCAGGAGAUCCUCAAACAAAAAGGAAGCUUGACGACGCAGGAAAGCGUUUGGGACACUUGUAUGACAAGCUGAGAGAGCAGUCGCUCUCUCACAACAUCCUGAGUGGACUCCAUGAGAUCAGCCGCUGCGUGGCGAGCCAAAACUACCAGCGGGGCCUGGAGAUCCACACUCAGGUGGUCAGCAGCAGCAACUUCAGCGAGAUCUCUGCCUUCAUGCCCAUCCUCAAAGUGCUCAUGACCAUCGCCAACAAGCUGGGCGUCUAACACCCCGAAACAACACCGACCACUCUUCAGUGUUACCAUGUUGUUGUAUACAUAUUUAUUUCCUUUAAGAGCUGAUGAUGUGUCAACAAUGCGAAUAAUGGCUGAUAGCGUUAUGGAACCUGAUCCCUCCAAGAGGACGCCGCGGCUGUCUGAGCCAAUGAGGUGAAGUUUUUGUAGAUGUCUGUUGAUGUUGCUGUGCUAAUUUUUUUACAAAAAGAUGAAUGUAUUCAGAAAGUGGCUGAGUAUAUGAAUUGAAAAUAGUGAUGUAAUACAUAAAACCGGUUGAUGCAAAGCAGGUGUAUUUCCAUAAAACGCGUUACAUCGUACUGCAGUGUGUAUUUUUCCUUUAUGGCACUCGUGGAUUUUGGGGGGUGGGAGGAAAAGUGGAAUGAAAUGCAUGCAGCGCUCCAGCUGCAAAAACAACACAUCCAGGGCUCACACUAUCAAAAAUCAUGAGAAUAAAAUCUGGGUCGUCUUUACAAUCCACUCCGUCUCUGUAAUCUGUAUGAGGGAGGCACAGACUGGCACAACUGUGUGAACCAUUUUGUAAAAACAAAUCAAAAGCAUUUGAACAAGCAUUUCUGAUUGUUCCGAGGGUUUAUUUCUUGUAAUGACAGUGUGGCGAGUCUGUGGGUCAAAGCACUGAAGAAGAAUGUUCUGUCAAAUGUUUUAUUUUCUAUUAGAUUGAACCUUGAUAGCUUGUGUGAAUGAUUCCCCCGCCCUUUUACCUCCAUAUUUGCAUUAAUGUGCAUGCUUUCGUCUAUUUAUCCUAAGAUGAAUUCAAACAGUAGCUCUUGACAGAUUGCAGAUGAUGUUCAUAGUUUUGUAGCUACUUAUGACAAAAAAGAAAAAAAACAACAACCUGGGUUUGUUUUGUGGCGGCAGAGGGCAGGAAAGUGCCUCACUGUGCCUGUUUUGGUUGCACAGAUAUUUAUACAAUCCAUGUUGCUUACUUUACUCAUUUCGGUAUGUUUUUGAAAUAAAGUUCCACUUAAUAUUUGAAGUCUUCAAACAUAAAAUGGCUCUUAUGAUUCACUGAGUGCAAUAGCUCCUUUUAGCCACAUGUUGGAUUUAAUCAUUUUUUUAUUUUUAUUUUUUCACUUUGUUGUUGUUUUUUCAGUUGAUUAAGACCCAUCAAAUAACUUCCCCCGCUGCAUUUACCUGUUUAAGGAUAAUAAAAAUCAUAUAAUGGC